AAGGAGUGCAAGAAGAUUCUGCCAACUGACUGGAGGCCAAGAACAGAGAGCAGCACUGGCUGUAGGUACCUUAACAUGGGGAACCUUCUUAAAGUUUUGACAUGCACAGACCUUGAGCAGGGGCCAAAUUUUUUCCUUGAUUUUGAAAAUGCCCAACCUACAGAAUCUGAAAAGGAAAUUUAUAAUCAGGUGAAUGUAGUAUUAAAGGAUGCAGAAGGAAUACUGGAAGAUUUGCAGUCGUAUAGAGGAGCUGGCCACGAAAUCCGAGAGGCAAUACAGCAUCCCAAUGAUGAGAAGCUGCAAGAGAAGGCAUGGGGUGCAGUUGUUCCACUAGUAGGCAAACUAAAGAAAUUCUAUGAAUUUUCUCAAAGACUAGAGGCGGGAUUGCGAGGUCUUCUGGGAGCCUUGACCAGCACUCCGUAUUCACCAACGCAACACCUGGAGCGAGAGCAGGCUCUUGCUAAGCAGUUUGCAGAAAUUCUUCACUUUACACUCAGAUUUGAUGAGCUUAAGAUGACAAAUCCUGCUAUACAGAAUGACUUCAGCUACUACAGAAGAACUUUGAGCCGUAUGAGGAUUAACAAUGUCCCAGCAGAGGGAGAAAAUGAAGUAAAUAAUGAGCUGGCAAACAGAAUGUCUUUAUUUUACGCUGAAGCAACGCCGAUGUUGAAAACCUUAAGCGAUGCCACAACGAAGUUUGUGUCAGAGAAUAAAAAUUUACCAAUAGAGAAUACUACAGACUGUUUAAGCACCAUGGCUAGUGUGUGCAGGGUCAUGCUGGAAACUCCCGAAUAUAGAAGCAGGUUUACAAAUGAGGACACAGUAUCGUUCUGUCUGAGGGUAAUGGUGGGUGUCAUCAUACUCUAUGACCACGUGCAUCCGGUGGGCGCUUUUGCCAAAACUUCAAAAAUUGAUAUGAAAGGAUGCAUCAAAGUUCUUAAAGACCAGCCUCCUAACAGCGUAGAAGGCCUUCUAAAUGCUCUCAGGUACACAACAAAGCAUUUGAAUGAUGAGACUACCUCCAAGCAAAUUAAAUCCAUGUUGCAAUAACGAUUACCUGGAAUUAGCACCUGCUGUAGACAGUAUUCUGCAAUGACUGAGAUGCACAGAUUUUUUUUUUAGUGAUUGCAACUACUAUCUCAUUCAUUCUUGCUUUUUUUCUCUUCUGUCUUCCUCUUUACCCUUUUUUUAAUCACUUUCUUGUUCUUAAGUAAGCUCAGACUUCUUUUCUGUGCCAAAUCAAUGAAAAUGAUCAAUUCUGGAAAGUAUUCCACUUUCCAGAAUAGCCAUCCUAAGUGGCAGCUAAUUAUGCGUUGCAUUUGGAUUUCUCUGUACUGGGGAAAGAUUUGUGACUUGAACUAAAUAUUUUUAAACUUGUGGUUUUUUCUUUUUUUGAAAAACUAAUAUUUAAUAUUGCUUCUUCUGCAUGGCAAGACUGCCUACUUCUGCUAUUUAAAAAUACCUUGAUGACUUCAUUUUCUAUUGCAGCUUUUCAUGUGCGACCAUGAGGAAACUAAAAGCAGAUUUGUUUAAAUUAACUGUGUUUGUACAAAAUGGUACCCAACACAAAGGUUUUUUUAAAUGAGUAAAAACUGUUUUGUUUAAAAGUUACGUUUGCAUUUUGACUCAUUUUUGUAAGGAUGUAUGUUGUAUGUUUAACCUUUAAUAACUAACGUUAAACUGUGGUGUGUGCGUAGCAAAAUUACGUAUGCAUGUUCAUGUCAAAUGAUUGGCUGUGGAUAAGAUAAUAAAAUCA